UCCCUCUCCUCUGUUUUCCUCUGCCUACUGCAAACUUAACCAAUACAAACUCAAAUAACAGAUAUUCCUCUUCUUCAACCUCCAUUUUUCUUUUUUCUUUUUUUUUGGGGGGGUUUCUUGUUGGAGUUCAUUCAUUUUUCCACUUUAUUGAAACUGCCAAAAAUUGGGGUUCAUUCCAUUUUAAGAGAGAGAGAGAGAGAGAGAGAGAGAGAGAGAGAGAAGAAAGUAGCUGAACGACAGUUUAAGCUUUAAAGCACUGCCAAAGCUCCGUUUUUUCAUGGUUUCUUUUACUGAAAAAAACAAGUUUUGAUACUAUAAUUUGGAAUUUUCCUCUAAAAUUGUCUGUAAAACCUACCAUCUCAAGCAAAGCUGUAAAUCUUAACUGAACUCCUCCCUGCCCAAACAACUCUCUCUUGCAGUUUCGUUUCGAACUACGAGCCAAACAAACUCAAAUGCCCUGUUUCACAAGUUUUAACAAAGACAAACCCCAAUUAAAACACCCCCCAUUUUAAAUCUCUCGUUUUUUUAUUUCUGGGUUUUCUAAAUAAUGGUGCCUGCGAGACAGAGUACAGAGGAAGCCAUGGUUUCGACCUUCAAUCAAUCAAUCGAACAAGAAGAAUACAGAGAAGAAGAACAGAGGGAAGAGGAAGAUGAAUCAUUGGGGGGAUUCAAGAGCUUCCUCUGGCAUGGUGGCUCUGUUUAUGAUGCUUGGUUCAGUUGUGCUUCGAAUCAGGUGGCUCAAGUCCUAUUGACUCUGCCAUACUCUUUCUCUCAAUUGGGGAUGCUAUCAGGGAUUAUUUUACAAAUUUUCUAUGGAUUUCUUGGGAGUUGGACGGCGUAUUUGAUCAGUGUUUUGUAUAUUGAGUAUCGAGGGAGAAAGGAGAAGGAGAAUGUUAGCUUCAAAAACCAUGUUAUCCAGUGGUUUGAAGUGCUUGAUGGUCUUCUUGGGCCUUGUUGGAAAGCAGUGGGAUUGGCUUUUAAUUGUACUUUUCUUCUCUUUGGCUCUGUGAUUCAGCUUAUUGCUUGUGCAAGUAAUAUAUAUUACAUAAAUGACAAAUUAGACAAGAGGACAUGGACUUACAUAUUUGGGGCUUGUUGUGCCACUACUGUCUUCAUACCCUCAUUUCACAACUAUAGAAUUUGGUCAUUUCUUGGCCUUGGAAUGACCACCUACACUGCCUGGUAUUUGACUGUUGCUGCCCUCGCUCACGGUCAGGUCGAGGGUGUGAAGCAUUCAGCCCCAACUGAAUUGGUUCUGUAUUUCACUGGUGCCACCAACAUCCUUUACACAUUCGGUGGCCAUGCCGUUACCGUGGAAAUUAUGCAUGCAAUGUGGAAGCCUCAAAAGUUUAAGUACAUAUAUCUAGUGGCGACUCUUUAUGUAUUUACACUGACCCUCCCGUCGGCCGCCGCCGUGUAUUGGGCUUUCGGCGACCAACUUCUCAGCCACUCCAACGCCUUCUCCCUCCUUCCCCGCUCCCGGUGGCGCGACGCCGGCGUCAUUCUCAUGCUUAUUCACCAGUUCAUAACAUUUGGUUUUGCUUCUACACCACUCUACUUCGUGUGGGAGAAAGUAAUAGGAAUGCACGAGACUAAAAGCUUAUGUUUAAGGGCAAUUGUGAGGCUGCCCGUCGUCAUUCCCAUAUGGUUUUUAGCCAUUAUUUUCCCUUUCUUUGGCCCCAUCAACUCCGCCGUUGGUGCCCUUCUUGUUAGUUUCACUGUUUAUAUCAUCCCUUCUUUAGCUCAUAUGCUCACUUAUCGAUCGUCCUCUGCCCGACACAAUGCGUGUGAGAAGCCUCCCGCCGUUGUUGCCCGUAGCUGGACUGCCAUGUAUGUCGUCAACAUGUUCAUAGUAAUGUGGGUUCUAGUCGUCGGUUUCGGCUUUGGCGGUUGGGCUAGCUUGACUAAUUUCAUCAAACAAGUUGACACGUUUGGACUCUUCGCCAAGUGCUACCAAUGCCUCUCUAAGACACCGCCGCCCGCCGCGGUGGCUCAUCGUUGAUGAGUUGUUUGAUGCUUUUUCUUAACCAUAAUCUUUUGUUAUGUUGUAUUACGUUUGUCUCAUCAAUAUAAGCAAGCUCUAUAAAGUUUAGGAUUAUAUGCAUAUAACAUACAUACGUAUACUAUUUGUAGGAUAUCGUGGAAGUUUUCUGUCUAUCUUUGGGAUUAUGUUUUAAGUAUGCGUGUAUUGUUGGGAAGAAUAAUGAAUCUAACAUUAUAAUAGCUAUAUGAGAAAAAUCUAAUUUUACCAUGUUUUAUGUUU